AUGGAGGCAUCUGGGUCAUCUACCCCGGAGGUAUCAGGCGGAUACAAUUUGAUGAGUUGUAUCAAAGAGAUCCCCACUCUCAAAGGUGACAACUACACGGAGUGGAAGAAAAAGAUAGACCUGGCCUUCAUCUUGGCUGAGGUGGACUGGGUAGUCACCUCACCGUGUCCCACUGAACCUGUCGCACCGGUGAGGGAGACAAACGAGGCUGAUGCCGCUUGGGCAACUAAAGAGAGGGAUUUUGAAUCCCAAAAGAUGUCCUAUCACCUUGAGCAUAGGAAGUGGUUCACUGCCAACAAGAAAUGUUUGGCUGUGAUAAAGAACACGAUUGAGCCUGCAAUUUUGGGCUCAAUCCUAGAGUAUCACACGGUCACCGAGUACCUCGAUAGAAUAAAGAGUCAGUUCACUGGCUCUUCAAAGACAUAUGCUACCCAGCUGAUAAAGCAGCUGGUGACAGAGAGGUACUUUGGAAAUGGUGGCGUAAGAGAGCACAUACUAAGGAUGAGCAAUUUGGCAUCCAAGCUGAAACCAAUGGAUUUGGCUCUCAAGGAAGAGUUCCUUAUCCAUCUGAUUUUUGCUUCUUUGCCAAAAGAGUUUGACACUUUUGUUGUCAACUACAACAUAUAG